UUCUGUCAUUUCCUGUUUUUUGAUUGCCAUCUCAGAAGUUGCUUUGCAACUAGGGCUAUGUUUGUUUCCCGGAAUUCACUUUUCGGGAAACCACUUUCCAAAUUUUCUUGUGUUUAUUUGCCAUUAGAAAAGUUGGUCAACGGAAAACACUUUUCGGUUGACUUUGAUAGCAUUUGACUUGGUCAUCACGCGCAUGUAUAAGAAGAGCAUUGCUAAUUUUUGUGAAGCACAAACUUGCAAGUUUCGUUUACAAUAAUCUUUGAGGACUGAAGUCCAUAAGGGUAGGUUCAAUCUUUGCAGUUAAAGGUUAUUGAAGAAGAAGAUGAUUCGAUGGAUAAAAAAGAAGCUACGAAAAACAAAGGUAGUCACAAAUAAUUAUACGGAUAACUCCUUCCAGGUUGUUGAGCCAAGUAUUUCUGGUAGUCAUAGAUUCAAUAGUCAAAGUUCAUCAGAAGGAAACUCCCUUGAGGAUCAACAAUCUGUUGGUGAAGAGGGAAUAAAUUGCUCCGAGUCCCAGAUACCAUCAAACGACGAGGAAAUACGACGUCUUAAGAGGCAACUAGAUGUAAGAGAGAAGGAAUUUGCCAACCUGAGGAUCGCCAUUCAGUAUGCAUGUACCGUUUUGAGCAACGCAGUUACCACUGCUGAUGAUGCUCUUGAGUUUAAAGACGGAAGUCCCUGUCCUUCCGUUAUGAACUGCGGAGGAAAUUGCUUUAGAGAACAAGACCUCAUUGGAGCUGAGCAAUCGGUGCCAAUUGUAGAAUUGUUGGUAUCACCAUGAAAUUUUGAAAAAAUCUAAAAAUAAUAAAAAAAUAAUAAAAAUCUAAAAAAUAUAUAUUUUAAUAUAUUUAUAUCGUUUUUAGUAUUUUUAGCGUUAGAAUUUAAAUUUUUAAAGAUCUUAGAAAUGCGUUUAAUUUUUAACAUGUUAUUUUUAAAAUCAUCAAUUUUUCCGAUUCAAGACGAUGUUAAUAAAAAAAAUUUAAAAAUAUAAAAAAAAUUAAAUUUAAAAAAAAAAAUAAGGAACCGGUUUUGAAGCUCAAUCAAUAUUUUAUCUAUAAAUAAUAGCUUUCAACAUACAUAAAAUAAUAAUUUUAAAACAUUAUAAAAAUAAAAAAAAAUAACCCCAAACCUAAACCUAUCUCUACCCCCAAGCCGCCACUCAUCAUCGAGAACCCUUACUCUCCCUUCUCCCGGCCAAAACCAGAGAAAACCAAAGGAGCGGCGCCCCCCCCUCUGGUCAUUUUUAUCUUCGUCUCCCCGGGCCAUCUCACCUCCCUCUUCCUCUGGUCUUCUCUGCCAAAGCAAGCCAGAGCCGACUCCCCUUUCCUUGGCCAAACCCGGCCAUCUUCCCCUUCAUUUCCAGCUCACCCUCUCCCUUUGCCAAGCAAGACAGACCCAGUUUUCUCUCCUUCAACCGACCACAAGCAGCACCACAGAACAGCCUCAUCUUCAACCUUCCACCCGAUCUCCAGCAGCGGCAGUUUCUGCCCACAGGCGACAGACCCAGUUUUCUCUCCUUCAACCGACCACAAGCAGCACCACAGAACAGCCUCAUCUCCCCCGACCAGAGAACGGGCAGAGCCGUUCCCCAUCUCCUCAGACCCACGGCUCCCUCUUCAGCCAGCAGGUCUUUCCUUCCUCAGCCGCCGUGAACACCGGCCAGCGGCAGCCCUUCUUCCUCCAGCGGCUCCCACAGAAGCAGCCCCGUUUCCAACCGAGAACCGACGGCCGGAUCUGCAACCAGCAGAGAACAACGAACCUAGAGAAAGAGAGAAACCAGAAGAGAUCAGAUCAAAAAAGGGGGGAAGAACCGAGACUUUGCUUGCGUUUUUUUCUUCUUUGCAGGUGACGUUACUCCUCACUGCCAGUUUAGAAGGGAAGAGGAGACAGAGUCGAGCCGGAUCCACCAGUUGUUUGGGGUUGCCUGCGACGGCGCGUGGACCCACGCGCUGCCAUUGUUCCUGCAGUUCCAGAAGUGUUCCUCAGCAAUUCCUGGAUUUUUUAGGGGUUAUUUUGUAAAUUUGAAAUUGGGUAAUGUAAUUUUUGUUUAGUUGAUUUUGAAUUUGUAUUUUGAAGUGUGGAGGUAAAAAAAAUAAAAAAAAAAGAGGAAAAAAGUAAAAGAAUAUAGUAAAAGUGUAUGUGUGAUUGUAUGUGUUUUAGGCUGUGUUUGAUUGCAAAAAGUGAAUUCCUGCUUUUUUCAUGUUUGGCAUGUUUGGCAGCAAUAUAAGAAAAUGAUCAAAGGAAA